ACCUAUCCUCCAUCUCACCUCUGAUAAUUGGAGCGAGACAGUGUGGCAGCCCACCUCCCUCUGAUUUUACCCAUUUUGGAAGAUGUGGUACCAUGCCCUCCUUGUCUUGUUCACUUCCUAUUCUUUACCCACAUCACAUCUUUGCUUCUUAUCCUUUCCCAAUGGAGUCAGCAAAGCAUACACCUGACUUUUUAACUCCAGCUGUAUUUGUUUUUCCCCUUCCCAAUUGUAUCUGCUACAUUUUUCACCAACUGUGAAUAAAGCUGCAAGUUGUUCAGGGUGAGGGCUACGGGCCUCCAGCAUGUUCUGCAAAGGUCACAGCCUGCCAUUGUGGUCUCCCCUGGCACAUGCAGGGCGUGAGCCAAAAGGAGUUCUUCAGGCUCGAGGAAAUCCUCUUCCCUCUGCUGAAUCUGGGUGCCCUGGGGAGUGUUAGCAGCAUUUGUUUGCUAAGAACUACUCCCAGCUACUUCCAUGACUUCUGGCUGAAGGCAGGAGUUCUGGAGUGACCCAUUCAGACCCGCAUUGCCAUGGACACAAGCCCCAUGCUAGGAGUGUCAACAAACGGGCCGAGGAAGGAAAACACCUGGCAAGAGAAAAGAUUUGUCCUCCUAAGCCCCUCUCUCUGUUGUUUUUCCACUGGAUAGCCCCAGCCUUUUGCUCCUUCCCUGUUAUAACUGAAUGUUUUGGCAGGACCCAAAGCAGCAGCAGCGGAAGAGUCUUCAGGGCCCACGAGGAGAGAGAGGCAGUGAUGGCCAACCACACAAGUGACGCGGAGACGGGCAAAGAUGCAGAAGAUCUGACAGAAGGCCUGGAGACACCCUGUGAGAGCCCUGAGGAGAAGAGAGAGAAGGCUCUGCUGCGGGCACGCCUGGAAGAGCAGCAUCGCCUUAUCUGUAUCCUGAAGAAAAAAACGGAUGAUGCACGCAAACGCUGCAAGAGCCUGGAGCGGCUCAACGUGGAACUGGAGAAACUGAGGCUAGAGGAUGCUGUGAAACUAAAAACCCAGACCCAGCGGAUUCAGUACUUGGAGGAUUUGGCCAGCAACCGCGAAAAAAUGAUCUACUCCAAGGACGAACACAAGAAACAGAACACACAGCUGAAGGAGGAAAACCAGCGCCUGCGGCAGAACGAAACCCUCUUCAGCCAAGCAGUGAAGGACAAGGAGGCUGAAGUGCUCCAGCUUGCCACCCAGGCCAGAGAGCUCUCGCAGCAGCUGGAUGCCCUGCACGAGAAAUGCGCUUUUGAGAGUUACAGAGCCCAGCAGCUAGAAAAGGAGCUCCUGGAAGCUCAGAACCAGCGAGCACAUGUCUGUAGCUUGGAGGUUGACUCGCUAAGACAACAGCUGCAGUGCCUACAGGAGGAGCACCAACAGAUCAUGGAACAGCUAGAGCAUGGAGAAAGCCAGCAGAAGGCUCACGAUAUCGAGCUGCAGGCCAAGCUGGAGAGGGCAAAUGAGGAGAAAGAGCAGUUACUGAACCUGGCCACGGAAAGGGGCAAAGCUCUGCAAGAAAAGCAACGGGAAAUUCUGCAACUGGGGAAGAAGCUGGAGACGGCAGAAAGAGCCAAAUGGAGAGCAGAGAAGAACGUUGUCAAAGAACUGGCAGCAAACUACGACCUGAAGGUCCAAGAGCUCCAGCAAGAGCUGAAAAGCAGCCACCAGGCAUACAGUGAGCUCUUGCUGCAGUUUGAUGCUUUCAGAAAGCACAGUAUGGAUUUACUGUCUAAAGAAAAAGCGCUGAAUGUCAAGCUCCGUCACUUUAAGGCAUAAUGUCAGCUUUCUGCUCCAUUCUUAGCAGGUGCCUCUACUGUACCACACCACUGAUUUCUGUUCCUGUUCAUGCAGCUGUCUUCUAGCAGAUCUCUGUAAUGUACUCACAAGCUUAAAUCCUUCUGCAAGGACUGGUCUGUAGCCUUUUAUUUUUUUUUUUGUUACAGUUUUUCAUAAGAGCUCUACACCAUUAAAUCUGAGCAGGGGUUGUCGAACUAGCCAAACCACGUCAGACCUGUAACAUGAAAGAUUAGGGUGGAAAAGUUAAAAUAUGAAUUUGAUUUUAUUUGGUCCUAA